AUGCUCCCCAACAUCGAAGCGGCCAUCCUAGAGGCUCUAGGCCUCGAAGCAACUAGCUCAAAGCUAGUAUCUCAUGGGGGUUCGGGUUUCUCUUCGACUUACAAGCUAAUGGCCACCAAAGACGGCCAACAGCUCACUUUCUUCAUCAAGACCGGCACUGGCCCCGACGCCGAGGUCAUGUUUCGAGGCGAGCACGCCUCCCUCAACGCGCUCCACGCCGCCGACCCCUCCCUGCACCUCGUCCCGCGCGCCCACGCGCACGGCGCCCUGCACAGCUCACCGGGCAAAUUCUUCCGAGUCACCGACUUCAUCGACACGCGAUCGUCGGCGCCGGGAGGCACUGGUUUCUCGCUGGCGGCCAAGCUGGCGCGGCUGCACACAACGCCGGCGCCGACACCCGAGGGCUUCGCGCGGUCCGAGUACGGGAUCGCCGUGCCGACCUGCUGCGGUGGCACACGCCAGGACAAUGCCUGGAACCGAGUCGUGGGCGGGAGUUCUACGCCGACCGGCGGCUGCGCGCCGUGCUGGCGGAGGGGGAGCAUAUCAUCACCUCAACCACUACGCUUUAUUCGGUGGGGGUUACCGGAGUGGCGCCAUGUCCAUUAUGCAAAGGCUGAUCUCGAAGUAUGGGACCACCUCUAG